UUCAAACGUGCGCGGGCGCUGCGGCCGAGCGCCGGGCGCUGCCAUGGAUCUGAUCCGGGGCUUCUGCGGGAAGCUGCGGUCUCUGGCCGUCACCCUGGACGGCGAGACGGCCCGGCUGCAGCGCGCGCUGGACGGAGAGGACCGCGACUUUGAAGAUUAUCCAAUGAGAGUUUUACAUGACCUUCAUUCCGAAGUCUGGACUCUAAAGGAUGAUGUGAAUAUUCUUCUUGAUAAAGCAAGCUUGGAAAGUCAAGAAAGCAUUGGUUUCAUAAAGGCAACAAAAGUAUUGAUGAAAAAAAAUUCAAUGGAUAUCAUGAAAAUAAGAGAGUUUUUCCAGAAGUAUGGAUAUAAUCCACGUGCCAAGGAAAAUUCAGUGGAUGAGCAAGAAGUCACUGACUCUAAACCAGAGUCUAAUAAACAUGAAAAUCCUGAGAAGCCUGAUGUGAAGAAUGAUUUGUCAGAUUCUGCUCCUCCCAGCAGUUGUGUUUCUGGGGAGUCUCCACGUAGUCCACAACUUUCUGAUUUUGGACUUGAGCGGUACAUGAUAUCCCAGGUUCUGCGAAGCCCUCCACAGGCAGUAAACAACCAGAAGGAAGAGCCAAAAAUUUUAACUCCAUUUUCCAAACAGUCACUAGUAAAAACUCCCAAAUGUGCACUAAAGAUGGAUGAUUUUGAGUGUGUGACUCCUAAAUUAGAACACUUUGGUAUCUCUGAAUAUACUCUGUGUUUAAAUGAAGAUUACACAAUAGGACUUAAAAAUGUGAAGAAUAACAGUGAGGAGGCCAUAGAAACAGAACCAGUGACCAAUGAUAACUUCUCUGCCACUCCUGGCCUCGUAACCCAGCCUCUGGAAAAAAAGGAUGCCGAGCACACACAUUCUCCCUUGGCACCUACAUUCUGCACUCCUGGUUUGAAAAUCCCUUCUGCAAAGAACAGCACAGCUUUGGUAUCCACACAUUAUCCAUUAUCAAAAACAAAUAGUUCAUCAGAUAAUUUGGAAAUGAGAGACAGCACAUCCUUAGUUUUAAAUUCAGACGAGUGCUUUGAGAAUUUUGCAGAUCCCUCUUCUCCUACGAUUUCUUCUUAUGAGAAUCUGCUCAGAACACCUACACCUCCAGAAGUAACGACAAUUCCAGAAGAUAUUCGCCAGAUUUUAUCAAAAUACAACUCAAACCUAGCUACUCCAGUAGCAGUUAGAGCAGUGCCACCCAGCAAAGUGUUCCUUCCUCGGUAUUAAGCACAGAACGUCCGAGACGCUGGCAGCAAAGAACACUGGUAAAAAGACUGUAGGGGGUCCAUCCUUCCAGUAUAGAAACCGAACAGGAGAUGAAAGCAAAGCUUGCUCGUACUUCAUUUUUCACAUUCCCUUCAUCUUCCCCCUUUUGAAAAACCAACUCAUAUUAAAGAUGAACAUGGACACUGAUGUCAUCAAAUGCUUCUUAUCAGGUUUGAUUCGUCUAACCUGUCUUGUUGACAUGUAGUUCACUCAGUUUGAAAGAUCAGUACUAUUUCAGUGAUUUCAAGCUUCCCCCGCCUAACGGAGCUGCGUGGUUUCAGUAAUAUUAUGAAGCAGGAUAAGUAAUAUUUGAAAUUUAAACAUUACUGUUUGCUACUCAGAUAAGGUCCCCUUCAGUCUUCUUGGGGCUGGACGGUAGUUGCCAGAGCUGGGCUUCGUCCUUGGGUCUAGCUCUGUCCUUCUGUCUCCUCUUAUGACUGUCCCAAGUCUUUUACACCUUUUAUUUCAACAAUGCUCUUUUAAGGCACUGUUGUUUACAAAUGACAAAUUAAUUUAGGAAAGAGGAGUUUACAGGUCUAGGUAACUGUACUGCAGUAGGCAUCUCAGAUACUUGCCUGCUGUUGGGACGGAUUUUUUUUUUUAAGCUCUUUAUUGGAAUGUAAUUGCUUUACACUGUUGUGCCAGUUUUUGCUGUACAACAAAGUGAAUCUUCUGUAUUUAUACAUAUAUCCCCAUAUCCCCUCCUUCCUGCAACUCCCUCCCACCCUCCCUAUCCCAGCCUUCUAAGUCAUCGCGGAUGUUCUUGUCAGUUUCGUUCCCUCAGAUCAGCUCUUCCCAGCACGUGGCUGCGACCCCUCCAAGCCCCACUCCAGCUCAGCAGCCCAGCACAGCCCAGGCCUUCCCCUCCGUGGGGGGUGCUAGGACUUCUCCUGGCCAGGUGCUCAUCCUGGACGGUCCACGGUGCCUCUAGCAUGGUCUGAGGGCUCCAGGCUGCCCUGUCCAUGCAGUCCGAGAGCCUUCCCUCUGGUCUAAGCAACGCUGAUGCAGCACUGUCCCCUUCAUGGCUGUGCCUUGAAAGUCCAGUGUGAAGACCCGUCACAUUGUGUCUCCUCAUUCUGUCAGAAAAUUGUCACUAAAACGAAACACCUUAUUCUUUAGUCUAGAAACUACUGUGUAAUUUUUUGCUAAAUAUAAUGUAAAAUACAAGACAGUCUUAUUUUUCAAGGUAAGCUCUGGUCAGCCUUGUAUACGGUGGUGACUCCCACAUUGUGUUGAUCUCUUGUACACUGUUUACCAUCGUUCUGUGCACGUAAGUCCAGAGUGGACAAGCCUGCUAAGGAGGGAGGGAGUGUAUUCAAAGUGCAGUAAGGACUGAAUCCUGGAGUUCUCAUUUUAGAAGAGGGAAAGAUCUAGCAGAGGAGUUUGAGAAGAGGCCAGUGAAGUAGGAAGAACAUAUUUCAAGGACAGUGAUCCAGUCUGUCAAUAUUGUUGAGAAUCCAAGUAAAAAGACAGAAUGACCCCUGGACUUGGCAAAACUGCUAUUACUGACAGCACGGAUUGAUUCUGACGGAAUGAUUGGGACGGACAUCCAGAGUGGACAGAGGUCAGAGGUGAGGAAGCAAAGACGGUGGACUGAGCGGCUCUUUCUGUGAGUUCUGUUCACAACGGGAGAAAAGAAUCAGUGCGGCGGCCAGAGGGGGGUGGUGAGUGAAACUGGGGUUUUGAAGAUGGGAAAUAAAGAACCUUCCCUCCAGCACUUCUGAUGGCCUGCUGGGUAUCCCCACCUGUCCUGUGAUGGCCCCCCAGUUCGGUCUGUCCAGGAUUUCUCUUUCCUG